GAAAGGUUCUUGGUAGAGUAUGGAAAGUACUGAUUAUUAUUAACCGUCUUCAAGACAAAAAAGAUACAGAUAUAGUGCACCUACUGAUCUAUUGCACGUUGUAACCGCUUUGGUAUGGAUUUGAUUACAGGAGCACAUUAUAUGUCGCUAUGGCACAUAUCAAUCUAGUCAGCGCCAUUGGGCAAUUUCCAAGAAGUCAGUUGACGUGUGUGCACCUAACAUGCAAGUACCCCGCAUCUAGUCAUGUAUAAGAAGCCGAAUACCACGAUGUCAAUCACCUCAUCAACAUAAACCCUCAGAGAAAAAUAAUACCAUUUCAUACAACUUCAAUUGAAUCUAAAGCUCCUCAAAUCAUUCGCUACGAUGACAAGAAUGACGACCUCCAAGCUCAAGAUUCUUAUGAUCCAUGGUUAUACUGAGUCUGGAGAGUUUUUCCGCGAAGAAGUACUUGACCUGGAGAAGGCCCUUAUCGAAGCCUUUCCAGCAGCGCCUGCCCCUGGAUUUCAUCCGGAAUACCCGGAUGGUGUAGAGCUUGUGUACCCUGAUGGCACCUUGAGACUUAAGCCAACCGACUGGGCACGCUAUAUACCGGGAACCGACCCAGGUUAUGGAUGGUUCUACAAGGUCAGCGAUGACGAUGAAUUUCCAGGCUUGCCCGAUGCACUGGAAAAGCUUGGUAAUAUCAUGCGCACUCAGGGUCCCUUUGCCGGGGUGAUUGGAUUUUCCCAAGGAGGAUUUCUAACCGGGCUCAUCACGAGCCUGCUUGAACCAGGCAGGAAGAGUGCCUUCGAGAAAGCCGAAGUCGAGAGUGGAGGUAUUCCCUUCCCUAAGUCAUUUGAUGGAGUCGAGCCUAUCAAGUUCUCGAUCAGCUGCUGUGGUUUCGCUGGAUUGAACCUUCGAUACAAAGCCUUCUAUUCCCCCAAAAUUUCAGGGCCAAUGCUUCAUAUGAAUGGACAAUUUGAUGAUGUUGUGUACUACAAAAGAAGCCGCACUCUGAUUGAUGCGACCGCAGGUGCUGAGGAAGAGAAAGUGCUCAUUCACCCGGGUGGUCAUUCUGUGCCGAUCAGCAAAUUGUAUACAGAUGCGAUGAUCAUGUUCAUCAAAGGGAAACUCGCAGCCUAAUUUGGCUCUUAUGGGAUUACAAACUGCUAUAUACUAUUUGAGCGGCGAAGCACCUGUAUAGCCAGCACUUCAAUGGGAAGGGAUGGAAUGCAUCGGAAAUAUUUAACCAUAAUAAUUCUCAACACUACCCAGGAAAUUCUGAAACCGAGUAGGGAAGCCACUUUCACAUGGUCUACAUGGACAGGCACACAAGAGGAGCUAAUGUACGAGGACUGUGGUCAAAAAUGAUCUGGCUUGGUGUCAUGUGGCCUCCAACUAGUGACCGCAUGCUUCAGCAAUCGUCCUGUGUGCCUUCUUUCACUUAAUUGGCUCUGUGGACCAAUGAUCAAUCAGAAGCUCCAGCAGUCAUUCACAUUAUAA